AUGGCGUCUUCAAGCAUUGCGUUCGUGAUGGUGAUGGCAUUAUUCUUGGGAUCCGCGAUCGCUCAGUCUCCGUUGGCCGCGCCAACACCGUCUCAGUCGACCGCUCUUUCUCCGGUGGCUCAGCCUUCUGCUCCGGUGAAUACUCCUCCGGCGUCUGCUCCAUCUCCGGUGGCCGUUACCUCUCCUCCGUCUCCUCCCGUGGCAUCCCCUGCUCCGGCAACUGUUCCAUCGUCGAUCGCCGGAACUCCAAUUGAAGCACCCGCACCAGCGCCGAACGGCGCCGCCGUGAACAUUCUCUCCGCAGGUUCCGUCGCCGCCGGUUUGGUAGCCGUUGCUUUGUUUGCAUAG